AUGCCGUCCCAACGACCAUACUUCCUCUCCUCCUUCCUCUCCUCCUUUCGACAGCAAGGACCGUCGAUUCAAACCACCCAACAGCCAAAUAAGCACAGCACGCAGGCGCCAUCGGCAUCCACCGCCGCCGCCGCAGCCGCCGCGGCGUCCGCAACCUACACGCACCACCCGUCCGGCGCUGCGCCGCGUAGCCUAUCGACCAACAAUUCUGCGUCUGCUUCAGUCUCCGCCUCCGCCUCCGCCUCCGUCCAGAACAUCAACCGCUCGUCGCCCAUGCACGCCUCCCGCGCCGCCACCACGACCCCGACGACGGCCGUCGGCAACAUCCCCAUCCCAAACGCCUCAGGCCGUCGUCGUGGCAGCGAUAGCAGCAGCGAGGGUUUCCGCGAAGCCUUUGGCGCCGAUAAGUGGUACAUAGGCGGUCGGACCGCCGCCGGUGAUGAGACGUUCUUCAAGCUCGGCGUCGUCCGCCGCGUGAGGAGCAACGACGGCCUGAGCCUCGAUCGACUAAGUCUAUAG